AUGGAACACGAUUUAACAAAACGUCGACCAUCAAUAAUUCCUGGAACAUUACCUCUUCUAGGAUCAUGGACACCAACAAUACCUAGUCUAGAAGAAGAAGAAUAUUCAUCAGAAAGUUCAUUAUUAUCAUAUUUACCACCAAUAUCCACCUAUGAUACAAAACCAUGUUUAACUAUAAAAAAAUUUAGUUCAUCAACAAUAUCUCAAACAUCAAUUGCUCAUACAUAUGGUAUUUGUCUAUUAGAUACGGAUGAUGAACAAUUAAUUGUAUGUGAUCAUUAUAAUAAUCGAAUAAUUAUGUUUAAUUCAAAUGAUGGCAGUUUAAUUGAUAUAUUUCGUCAAAUAUCUGUGCCAGAAAAUGUUUGUAUUAGACCUCAUCAUCCACAACAAAUCUAUAUAACAAAAGCUCAUUCAUUAAACUUGUAUGAUAUUGAAAAAAAACAAAUUAUUCAAAAAUUAGGUAGUGAAGAAAGUGGUCAUGCAAAUAAUCGUUUUAAUAUACCAUGUGGUAUUGUUGUUGAUCCUACAAAUGGUGAAAUAUAUAUGUGUGAUUCAUGGAAUCAUCGUAUUUGUGUAUUUUCACCUGAUUUUCGAUAUGUUAAUCGUCGAUGGUAUUUACAUCGAUGGGAACAGCCAACAUUUAAAGUAAAACCAAAUUUUAUUGCUAUUAAUGGUAAACAAUGUGCUGUAACAUGUGAUGAUGCUCCUAUUUAUCGAGGUGCCGUAUAUAUGUUUGAUAAAAUGGGUUAUAUUAACAAAAUUUAUGAUCAUGAAACAAAAAAGCCAGGACCAUGUCAAUUAAAUGUACCACACGGCAUCUUAUUAGAUGAGAAUGGAAAUUGGUUAACAGUAUGUUAUAGUGAUCAAGAUGCAAGAUGUGUUCAUCGAACAGCUGUUGAAAAUAAUAAUAAUGAUGAAGAACAAUGUGAAGAUGAAAUUACUUAUUUUCGUAGUAAGGAAUUAAAAGGUGGUUCUGGUUUGGCUAUAAAACGUGAUCAAACAAUAAUUAUUGGCGAUAGAGAUGAUAAUAAAUUAUUAUUUUUUAAACAAAAAAUUGAUCAAUCAAAAAAAAGUUAA